UCUUUUUUUUUUUUUUUUUUUUCUUUUAUGCUACUUACAUUAGAGUACUUCUCUCUCUUUCACCAUUUUUAUUUUUAUACUUAAAAACAAAAACUUCUACCAACUCCAUUGAGAAUCAGUCAAGUCUUCUCUUCUUGGUGUAGUCCGUCAAAACAACUACUUCAUCCAAUUUCUACAAAUCAAAUUUCUGGGAUUGUAAAGUUACAAUCUUUCUGGGUUUUCAUCCACUUCUUGAUGUGUCGGCCUAAAAGAAGUUUAAGAUGCUCUCAUCGCUUAAGCAAUUAGAAACUUUGAAGCAUGGUUAGUAGGACUGAGUUGGCCAUCAUAUGCACCUGUGCUGGAGUUUUUUUUGGUACUUUGAUAUCGUCAGUGGUGUUUUUUGUUGUUCGAUGGUACAAAAGGCGCCUAGAUUUUGAUAAUCACAGCAUAGCAAAUGUCCCUAUCCGCAAGAAUGGCCAGGGCCUGGGCCUUGACUCAAGUGCCUCAUUGUCAGAUUCUGUUGUUGUCCCUCUACCAGAUUUCCCAGCCAAGAGCUCACCAUGGUUGAAUCAUCAUACUAAAGAUCGAACAACUUCAGUUUCCGGCAUACCAAAUUACUCAUACAAGGACAUACAGAAGGCAACUCAGAAUUUCACAACUGUUUUGGGUGAGGGAUCAUUUGGCCCGGUAUACAAGGCAACAAUGCCAGCAGGUGGAGUGGUGGCGGUUAAAGCGCUAGCUUCCAACUCGAGGCAGGGUGAGAAAGAGUUCCAGACUGAGGUAUCUCUGUUAGGUAGACUGCAUCACCGAAAUCUUGUGAAUUUGGUGGGAUACUGUGUGGAUAAAGGGCACUACAUGUUAAUAUACGAGUACAUGAGCAAUGGCAGUUUGGAAAAGCUAUUAUACAAUGAAGAAGAUGCAUUGACUUGGGAUGAGAGGCUUCAAACAGCUCUUGAUAUAUCGCAUGGAAUUGAGUAUCUUCACGAGGGGGCUGUUCCACCGGUUGUACAUCGGGACUUGAAGAGUGCUAAUAUAUUACUGGAUCACUCUAUGAGAGCAAAGGUAGCUGAUUUCGGGCUCUCUAAGGAAGAGGUUUAUGACGGGCGUAAAUCUAGCCUCAAAGGUACAUAUGGCUACAUGGAUCCUGCAUAUAUCUCUACAAGCAAGUCCAGUUUAAAAAGUGACAUCUACAGCUUGGGAGUUAUCUUCUUUGAGCUCAUAACUGCCAUACAUCCACACCAGAACUUGAUGGAUUAUGUCAAUCUUGCAAUGAUGGACACGGAUGGCGGAGUUGACGAAAUUCUCGACAAGCGACUAGUUGGGAGAUGUGAUGCCGAAGAAGCAAAGUCUUUGGCUAAAAUUGCUUUCAGAUGCUUGCACAAGACACCAAGGAAGCGGCCAAGUAGUGGGGAAAUCUCUCAAGCUAUAAUGAAGAUAAAACAGAGACGCCUUGCUAAAGGGGGUACUAUGUCCUUUGCUGGAGAUGAUCUUUCUAGAAUAAUGAGUAGGAUUGAAGAUCAACAAGUGGAGUUGAAAACAAUAAUAGAUAACUAACACGCAUUGCUGCACUGAAUUUUGUUUGAAGCUUGUUUAUAUUGUAUACAAGGAAAGAAGAAAUGCAUUUUAGAAGGAACAAAGAAGCAAGAGUUUGAUGAUCUAUGACAAUCACUAACAAAACUCGGAAAA